AGUACGAAGUACCUUCAUUUUAUUUGUACGGUAUUCAAUAAGACAAAAGUUCGACCAAAUUUUUUGGUUUUGUUUAAUUUUUUUUAUAAAAUUGUAUAUAGUAAUAUUGUAAAUGUUCAUGAUUAAAUAUUAGUGGUGAUGAAAAAAAAAAGAAGUUGAAGUAAUGGGCGGAGUUUGCGCCUGUUGGAAUACGAGGUAAAAAACGUUGUUUUACGAAAACAUAUAUUUUUGAUAUAACGAAUAAUAUUCCAAAGGAUCAGUUUCAAGAUAUUUUUAUGAAGCUUUGUAAAAAUUUGAAGUUCACGGAUACAGGUUAAGCGAACAGGAUUAGGAAAAGCGGUGAAAUCGCAUCAUAAAUAAAAUGGAUGCGCACGCGGAUAAUAACACACAAGAGCAGGUGAGGAAAAGGCUUUAGAUAGAAAAAGAAGGAAAUGAAUCAGCCGUUCUGAUUGGUCGAGGCGGCUAUUAUGGCCGCCGAUUGGCGCACGCAUGUACGCACACCAAGCUUUGCUGUAUACACGAACGCACGAACACGUGCGUGUAUCAGGAGCGUAGCAGUCGCUCGUGGCCGAGAAGAGUGAAAAGAGCGACAGAAACGGUCGGUCCGCGCGUUGCCUUGUAAGGCGGAGAGUUGGUGUGUGACGUCCGUGCGCGGAUGGCUCGAAGAACGCCGAUUUUCCUCAGCUUAUACAAGUAUCCUUGCUGAGCAGAGGAAAGAACAAGUGAAAGGAGAGUGCGGGCCGGGCGCGACGCCGACCGUCGACAUAACCACGUAUACGUAAAAUCCGACAAUCCGUCAAGUUUAAAGCUGCCGAAGGCACCAUUUUCAUCAUCUCUAUAGUGUGUAUAGCAAACUAGAAACUGUUAUUAGACGUAAUGUGAGUGUUCUUGAGCAAGGAAGGAAAUAUAUAAUAGUGAGAAAGUUGUGUUUUUCCGCAUCAUCUGGUAUACGAUAUACGUCCGCGAGUGUUGUGUGAACAAAUUCACUCUUGCGACGGAAACAAAAAAGAAGGAAAGAAACGGCGACGAAUAAUAUUCUUAGUGCUGUAGUCUACAGUUGAUGGAUGAAACUAGCAGAAUGCUGCAACACGGAGGAUCAGGUGUGGGUCUGAUGGGAGGAAAUCAGGGUCAGGGAGCCCAAAAUACUGCCGGAUAUGGUAGUAUGGGACCUGUGGAUGGAACUGCAACACAAGGUCCAGAUCAGGCUGUUGAGGCUAGAAAACAGGAUAUCAGUGAAAUUUUGCAACAAAUUAUGAACAUCACCGAUCAAAGCUUGGACGAGGCACAAGCGAGAAAACAUACUUUAAACUGUCAUAGAAUGAAGCCAGCCCUGUUUUCAGUUUUGUGUGAAAUUAAAGAGAAAACAGUGCUAUCUUUAAGAAAUACUCAGGAAGAGGAACCGCCGGAUCCCCAAUUAAUGAGGUUGGAUAACAUGUUGAUCGCGGAGGGUGUUGCUGGACCGGAAAAGGGUGGUGGUGCUGGAGCGGCGGCCUCUGCAGCGGCUGCAGCCGCUGCUGGAGGACCACCUGGACAACCUGACAAUGCGAUCGAACAUUCGGAUUACAGAGCCAAGCUUGCCCAAAUUAGACAGAUUUAUCAUCAGGAGUUGGAGAAAUACGAGCAGGCGUGUAACGAGUUCACAACUCACGUAAUGAAUUUAUUGAGGGAACAAAGUCGUACCAGGCCAAUCACGCCAAAAGAAAUCGAGAGGAUGGUUCAGAUUAUUCAUAAGAAGUUCUCCAGCAUUCAAAUGCAACUGAAACAGUCUACCUGUGAGGCUGUGAUGAUUUUGAGGAGUCGAUUCCUCGAUGCAAGGCGUAAAAGACGAAACUUUAGCAAACAAGCCUCUGAAAUUCUCAACGAGUAUUUCUAUUCACAUCUGAGUAAUCCAUAUCCAAGCGAAGAAGCUAAAGAAGAACUCGCACGAAAAUGUGGAAUCACCGUGAGUCAGGUUUCUAAUUGGUUCGGCAACAAGAGGAUACGCUACAAGAAAAAUAUAGGUAAAGCACAGGAGGAGGCGAACUUGUACGCAGCCAAAAAGGCAGCUGCAGCUUUUGCAGGAGCGUCGCCGUACAGUAUGGGCGGUGCCAGCCAAGGCACCCCGACGCCGAUGAUGUCGCCGGCGCCACCUGGUGGCCCGCAAGAUAUGGCCGGAUACGGGAUGGGCAUAAACGGUAGCGAUUAUGGCUCGCAACCGUACAACGACGGCUCGAUGGGCUACGACCCUAUGCACCAGUUUGUGAAUAAUACCGAUUAUGAGAUAAUCGCACCUGCUUUUGAUACGCUUGACGAGAAGAAAUCUACUAAUACGGGAGGAUUCAUAUUUUUGGAAUGAAACGAAAUUCAUAGAAGGCGACAGAGAGUGAGAGAGACAUCGAAUCAGACUUCACGCAAUUAGAGAGUGAGAAAAAGAAAAAUUGAGAGAGGAGAGUAAGUAAGGAAGAGAGAGGAGAGAGAGCGCGGGAGAGGGAAGGAAGGAAAAAUAUCACCUGGGUUAAACGAAAGGCAAAACGCCAUAUAUACACACACACACAAACACGCACACGCGCGCGCGUUGGUGUCUCUGCGUGUCCAACUGAUCUCAGCCUUUUGUGCUUUUUUGUUGUGUGUUCACAGUGACGCGCCAUGCCGACGAAAAAACCAAUCGCAAUCGUAGAUUCGUGAUCUUCGAUCAGCUCGACGUGCUGGCUUUACGCGAAUUCGUUUGCGUUUUAGAGAAAGAGAGUGAGAGAGUGAAUGUGGAAGAAUGCGUGUGAAACAUUGCGUGUUUGACACAGAGAAAUUAUAACGAACGAUGUGUUCGAGAUUAAAAAUCGACGAGCCGUUCAGGAUAUCAUCCUUCGUUGCAACAAGCACAGGUCUUUUUCUCUUGAGCGGUCGAGGAAUGAUAGGAGCUUUUACUGAAAAGGAAAAGAAAAAAAAAAUGAGAUUCGCGUAGAAUCGUCAACUCGUCGAUAGUGCAAUAUACGCGUAAAUAUUAUAUAUAUAAUAAUAUACAUUUAUUAUACGUAUUUUCUUUUUUUUUUUUUCGUCGAAUAUUUCUGGCGCUUGAUUUCGAGCCUUUCUCACGUAUCGUGUCGUGCUUGUCUUGCUCGAAGCCGGGAAUUAUUUAAUUAAUUAAUAUCUGAAAGAAAAAAUAUCCUUUUAUUAUCGAGUCUUAAGUUGGGGAUAUUGUAAUUUUUGGAUGUUUUUUUUCUUUUUUUUUUUUUUAGUAUUUUUAUAUAUUUCGACGCGCAAAAUCCGAAAAUGAAGGUUUUCUUUGUCAGAAUUCAUCGAUCGAAAUAUUAUUUGCAUAUUUCUGUAAUCUCAGAAUGUUUUUCGAGUUAUGACGUCAUGUUGGAGGAUGGAAGCACGAGAGCGUGCCAAGUUAUUAUUAUUAUUUAAAAUUUUACGCGAUUUAAUAUUAUGAUGAAAAAUAUUUUUCUCGAUAAAAAAUCAACGUUGUAAUAGUAUUGUCUUCCUUGUAUUUAAUGCAUUCGAGAAUUAAAUAUUGAUUCACCAUAAGAUGGCUGAUUAUGCUAUCGUACAACUUGAUUAAAAUUAAAAUUUUAAAUAAUUCAAUUUGAAUUCUUUAAUCGAAAGAGUUUUCGAAAUUUUAACUCAACUUUUAUUCCUUAACUUAAUUUUAAUUUGACGCGUGCUUCUAUCAUUUCAUUCAAAUUGAAUAUUCAACAUGCGUAUCCAAUUCGCGAAACAUCGCAUGCACAUAAUUUCAAAUCGAAUUUCGACAAUUAUAACGAUAUUCUGAUUAUGCACGUCAAAAUUUAUAAAAAAAAAGAAAAAAGAAAAAAGAAAGAAAAAGAAAAUGUGAGAAAUACAAUUUUCAAUGUCCCAAAUUAAAGUUCUUGAAAUAUCGAAUUUUUAUAAAACUUUGUAUUCGAGAUAUUCUCGUCUUCGAGCUCUCGAAUUAGACUUUGCCAAAUGUGCAAUAAAAUUUUUAUAAACAUUUUAUGCCUUCCUUGGAUGAGAGAAAAAAACACGAGGUAGCUCGUUUUUAUAGAUAAAUUACGAAAAUUGAUGGCAGCAAAAAUUAAUCCAACCACGUUUGAUGUGGAAAAACAUGGGCUGAAAGCAUUCGAAGUCGGUUGAAUAACUAGAAACUUUUAUUUCUUUUUUUUUUUUUAUAUUUCGUUAUAGACUGUGUUCAACCGAUAACGAUGAUCCCCAAAAGGAUUAAUGAAUCUGAAUCUAGGCGGCUUAUUGUGAUUUUUAGUUGUCGAGGGAUUACAAGAUCGUUCGAUUCGAUCGAUUUUCUCGAUUACAGUAGCAGUUCAUUGUCGGACAUGCCUCUUUGUUGCGCAUAAUGGCACGCGAUCAGGCAAACAUAGAGCUGGGAAAAACGGGAUUAUGAGCAAAUAAAAUUGUUGCAUUUAAAAGUAAUAAUAUAUUUUCAUAUAUCAAUUCAUACGAAUACUAUUUUGAAAAGAUGAUUAUCUCGAUUAAGAAAUAUUUAAUUUUAAUACAAAUAUAUUACAAUUUAAUAUAUUUAAAUCGUAUUAUUAAUAUAUAUAUACAUAUACAUAAUAACAUAUCAAAACUUGACAAAAUAUGAUCUAUUUUCUAAAGAUUAAAAAAACUGCAUAUUGCCUUCCAAUUGAUGAAUGAGAAAUAAUUCUUUCAUUUAUGUAUCGAAUUCAAAUGUAAAUAGUAAAUGGUGUUUGUACCUAUAUAAAUAAAAUAUUUGCUUAUUAGAAAUAUUUUAGAAACUUUUUGAAAAUAUUUUUAAUUUAUUUCAAAUUUUUCCCAGUUCUACCACUACUUACAAUUUAUCUGUGCUGUGCAGAAUACACUCUGAAAAAGAAAAAGAAAAAAAAGAAACGCACCACGCGGUUCAUAUGGCUUUUUCGAUACUUAACUUUAUUGUUAGAAUAUCUUUGACAGUUUUGCAACGCACUGCAACACACAUACAUACAUACACACAUAUAUUUUCACGUUAUACAUACAGAGACUCAUGAUAUGUAACGAAUUAACGGAAAUCAGAGAACUUCUUGUUGGAUGGUUAGUUAUAACAAAAGACAUUAUCGUGGCAUGCAUGGCUGCAUGUAGAAUUACAAUAUCUAUAUAUACGUUUUAUUAUUGAUCUUAUAAAUAGUAGUACGUGUGUGCGUUUACCAUUACUUCUACUUUUCAUUUUUUUUUCUUUUUUUUUUUUUUUUUUAAUUAUCAUUGUUUUAUUUUUUUUUUUCUCUUCUUGUUUUUUUUUUUUUUUGCGGGACGGAUUGGCUGGGGUUUCCUGGGUGAAUAAGAUACGAGGCGAAAGAAAGUGGGAGAGAAAGAGCGUGAAAGAGAACGGAUGCCAGAGACACUUCAUAUUAUUUAGUUUCUAAAAUUGCAAAAUUCUAAAUUUCUCGCGUAGAAUGUAGAAUAGGCGCCGGUUUGUUGCAUUGGCAAAUAAUAAUAAUAAUAAUAAUAAUAAUAAUAAUAGAAUGAAAGGAUUUUCAUAGUUUUGCUGUUUUGUUCCUUUGUUCGCAAUCAUCUCGAUCAUUAGAAUCUUUUCGUGUGUCAUGUAGCAGGCAAAUCCUUUCAUGCUCGUAACGGGAGUCAAAGUCCAUUUUUGCAUAAUAGAAGAAAAAAAAGAAAAAAGAAUUCUUACAAUAUAGAAAUCCUGAUACGAGCAGCCAAUUCAAAUAGCCCGCGCUUUCGUACUCAUUACAUACAUAUAUAUAUAUAUAUAUAUAUAUACAUAUACAUACAUAUAUAUAUAUAUACAUAUAUAUGUAUAUAUUCUCGCGGUUUGAGAGACGUCUGUCUUUGUUGACAAAAGAAUGCGUAAAAUUGUGAAACGAAGGCGAGGCUUAGUUAUCAAUUUGACACGCAAUUUUGUCGCCACCUGCAGGGGGAUAAAGACAGAGGGCUAAAAAUCAAUUGAAAAAAAAGAAA